AUGGCAGACGACCACUCGCUCUGCUCACGCGAUCUCAUUGAGGCGGCGGCAGACUCCUGCGCCUUCGCGAAGCAGCACUGCGCAUCCGAUGCAGCCGGCCUCUUCGGCUCCUACGUCCCUCUCUACUACUGUCAGCUGGGCGCCUCGCCGGCGGCAUUCGCGCCGCUUUGCGCGCUGCUGCUGCUGCUGACGAUCUGCUGCCUCGGAUCCACCGCCGACCUCUUCUUCAUUCCGCAGCUCACUCUCCUCUCGGAGCUCCUCGUCCUUCCGCCUGACGUGGCAGGCAUCACGCUGCUCGCCUUCGGCAACGGCGCGCCCGACGUCUUCACCGCCGUCGCCGUCGCCAACCGCGCCGACUUCCCGCUCCUCCUCUCCGACUUGCUCGGAGGAUCGGUCUUCAUCACCACCGUCGUGCUGGGCGCUGUCGCGUGGACCGCGUCGCUGCUGCCGUCUGCGGCGCGUCGGCCGCGGUCGUGGUCGGUGGAGCCGUUCACCUUUUGGCGCGACCUGUGCGCCUUCUCCCUCGCCCUCCUCGCCAUCCUCUCUGCCGCCGCGCGCGGCUCCAUCGGCCUCCGCUCCUCCCUCCUCUUCCUCCUCCUCUACCUCGGCUACAUCGCCUGUGUCGUCGGGCUGCCGCGGCUCGGCUGGGCACGCGAGGCGAUGCUCCCUGCCGAGGCCGAGGCGGGCGGGCUUCUGCGCGCUGCCUACGCCGCGCUGUGGGUGCUCGAGUACCCGCUGACCCUCCUCCGCUACCUCUCCAUCCCCGGCGCCGAUUGCGGGUGGGAUGGCGCGCGGCGGCGCCUCACGCUGGCGAGCUUGCCGUUCGCGGCGCUGCUGCUGCACGUGCCGCCUUUCCACGCGGCGCUCGUGCUCGCCGGCUUUGCGGCGACCAUCGCUUGGCUGGACUUGCUCGCCAAGGAGGCGGUGGCCAUCGUCGAGUCGAUCGGCAAGAUCUCGGGCAUCUCCACCUCCAUCCUCGGCCUCACCGUCAUCGCCGUCGGAAACUCUGUCGGGGACUUUGUCGCCGACACGACCGCCGCGCGGCGCGCGGACGCGCGGAUGGCGGCGUCCGCGGCGUUUGGCUCUCCGCUGCUCAUGCUCAUGCUCGGGACGGCGCUCCCUUGCCUCCUCUUCACCGCCCUCAACGGACGCCCCAUCGACACGCCGAUCUCGGCGCACUGCCGCGUCGCCGCCGCCUUCCUCCUCUGCGCGCUCGCCUCGCACGCGGUGGCCUUCCCGAUCCCCGCCUUUGGCGGGGCCUACUCGGUCCCUCGCGCCUACUCCUUCUACCUCUUCUCUCUCUACGCCGCCUUCCUCACCAUCUCAGUGCUGCUCGAGGCGGGAGCGCUGCCGAAAGGCUGGGUGUGCUCCCUCGGCGGCGGGUCCGGCUGCUUGACCUGA